AGUUGUUGGAGGGUAAAACUACAAACGAUGAACAUUUUGGCUCGUCAGGGGUUGUGAUGAUGAUGAUGGUGGUGAUGAUGAAGGGCUGGAGCUGGAGGAGGAGGAGGAGGGGCUGAUGUGUUUACUGGAUUCACUUUGCUUUCCAAUUAAAGCCUCAGAUAACGAGAAGCAGCGAGAGCAGGACGAAGCUUCAUCAGAGGAAGAGAAGCUGAAGGUCAGGCGAGAAACCCCGAGAGACCCUUCGGCCCCGAAACAGACACUUCUCAGCCACAACUCCACCAAAGACACGGGACAGGACGAGACGGAGGGGACGCUCAGGACGAGGAGGACAGCUGGAGAAACUCCUUCCACAUACCGGAGACAUGGGUCAGACCCUGCCGUACGCAGACAGAGGUUAGACGGAUCAAGAGACCGAUCAAUCGAUCAGAGGAAGGACAAAUGAAGGAAACCUCAGGGAGUGAGAAGACUUGAAACCGGUGAAGGAGCUGAGAUGACGCCAGAGGAACCUGAACUGAUCCAGCUCUGCCAAAAAUAACCUUCAGGGGUUCAUCAUGGGACUGAGCCAAGUCUCCAGCGUCACUCCAGACAUCGGUUUGGUGGCGGCGAGCAACACUUCCGGCACCUCAUCCCUCCCUCAGUCGUCCUGCAGCAUUGAUGAAUCCUACAAGUACGUCUUCCUGCCCGUCUGCUACUCCCUGACCUUCCUCUUCAGCCUCACCCUCAACUCAGUGGUGCUGCUGCGCUCUUGCCGCCAUCACAGCGGCUGCUGCGGAGGCGGUGGUAGCAGUGGCAGUGGGCGACGCUGGAACACCUCGCUGAUCUACAUGGUGAACCUAGCCACCACUGAUCUGAUGUACGGCCUGUCGCUGCCCUUCCUGGUGGCGAGCUACGUGCUGAGGGACCGCUGGGUGUUCGGGGACUUCAUGUGCCGCCUCGUUCGCUUCCUCUUUUACUUCAACCUCUAUUGCUCCAUCUUCUUCCUCACCUGCAUCUCUGUUCACAGGUACCUGGGGAUCUGCCAUCCGAUGAGGACCAUCACCCUUGAGAGCAAGCGGGUGGUGAAGGGCACCUGUGCAUUGGUGUGGGUGGUGGUCUUCAUCCUCACCUGCCCCAUCUUUAGAUUCGCCCAGACAGGAUACCUCACACGAGGAGUCGGUGGUGUUGUGGGACCUGAAGGGGAGAGGGAAGGCGGGAACAGCACUGGACCUCAGGACGAGGGGGGAUACUUGAACUGCUGGGAUGACGCCAUCGAUAAGGAGUUUGCUGACUAUGUCCCGUACGGCAUCGUUCUUCAUCUGCUGGGCUUCUUUGUGCCCUUCGUCAUCAUCGCCUGGUGCUACUCUCAGGUGGUCAGGACGAUAUUUCAGACCCUGCGUUCUCCUCCCAGUUCGAUAGAGGGUGGGGAGGAUGGUCCAGUAGGAGACGGGGCGUCAGAAGGAGUUAGAGAGCGGGAGAGAACCUCGGUCUCCAUCUCUGGAUCGCAGUACUCACACUACAUCCGGCGGCGACGGAAAUCCAUCAAAACAAUUGUAACCAUCACAUUGCUGUUUGCGCUCUGCUUCUUGCCAUUUCACGUGACGCGGACUUUGUUCCUGCUCAUGCGGCGGGGACAGCUCGGUGGCUGCGAAGUCAUGAAGACCGUGUCCAUCUGCUACAAGGUCACCCGGCCGCUGGCCUCCUGCAACGCCUGGCUCAAUGCCCUCCUCUACUUCCUGACAGGGGACAAGGGUGCUCCAUGCUGCUGGCCGGCAGAACACACCGUCCGCCGAGACCACCGGAGCGGCUCCCUCUGGUGGCCGCUGAAGAUUCUAAAAAAAGAGGGCAUUGGAGAGGAAGACCAGGAGGCGGCUGAGAAGAUCGAAAGGGUGGUCCACAUGGAAAAUGAGUCCAAGUCUUCACGGGUCAUCUUCUAGACAGUGUCAG